AGUUUGUUUUGCUUUUGCGUUGCUCAAAAAAACUCGAUUUAAAUUAAUUUCAGCAGGAUACGACCUUUAAAUCAUCAUGACAGAAUUCUGGAAAUCAAACGAGCGCAAGUACUGCGACUUCUGCAAGUGCUGGCUGAGCGACAACAAAGCGAGCAUCGCCUUCCAUGAGGAUGGCAAGCGACACAAGCUGAAUGUGGCCAAGCGGAUCACGGACAUUAGCCGCAGCAGCGAAAAGUCAGAGCGGGAACGCCUGAAAAUGGAUGCGGACAUACGCAAGAUGGAGGAGGCGGCCAUGAAGUCGUAUGCUCAGGAUAUACACGGACGUGCGGACAUGACGGCCCGUUCCAUCAACACUGUGAUGAGCGCGGUGGCUGCCUCGGGCAGCAGUGGAUCUCGCGGUGGAGCAAACGCCCCUGGCAGGGGCAGGCAGGUGGAUCCCAUGCGUUUGGAGGGCUACUCUGAUGAGGAGGAGGACAAUCGACGCGUGACAGUGAGCAAGGUAGGAGCCGAUCCCGUUGUGCCUGAUGCCUCGCUCUGGGUGGAGGGAAAGUCGGAUGAGGGCCACACCUACUACUGGAACGUGAAGACGAACGAGUCCGUGUGGAAGCCACCCAAGGAAGGAUAUCUAUCAUACGAGGAGUACGAACGCAUCAAUCAGCUGGCCAUUGACCAGCAGGAGAUAUCCCAGGAGAAGGAAUCGCUACGGUUUCGAGCCAAUGCCGAUGAAGAAGUGGCCCGCGUUAACCGAGAGCGCCUGAAGGCCUUCCGAAAACCAGAGACCGCCAAGGAGAAGAAGCAAAAGGAGGAGAAGAGGCUGGAGUUCAAGACUGAAGAGGAGGCGGCCACCAAGGAGAUUGGCCAAUGGCAAACAGUGGAAGUCAAAGCCCCUGAAGAGCCCAUAGACUGGGAGCUGCCCCAGACCGACUACUAUAUACCUCCUCCUGUGGUGUCCACAAACAGCGAGCCCGAGCCACCGGUUAAGCGCUUCAAGGAGAAGACCAUUUCCGGCCUGGACGGUGAGGCCGCUGCCAGUGUACCUUCAACAUUCAAAAAACGUAAAUUCGCCAACAAGGGCAACGCGCGAAAGCGUUUAGAUGACUAAAAACAUUUGACAAUAUGUAGUUGAUAAAGUUGUUUAUAAAAAUUUGUUCCAAAUUCAGAUUUUAAA